UGGCCUCAAGAUUCCUCGUCAGCUCAAGUAUGAGACUCUCCAGUACACCGAGAUUGGGAAAACAUUCCUGUUGGCACUGCUGUCAACCGAAUCCGAGGAUGUUACCGAGGAGCCCAUGUCGCUGGCUCUGGGUCACCAUUGUAGCCUUCAUCGAGCUCCUGACAACGUUAAGGAGAAGUCGAUCCAUUUCCAGUAUCUCGUCUCGACCCUCGCUCGGAUCUCCUCGAAUCUGGCAUCGCAACAUGACUCGUCUGAGGGCGCACUCACUCGGAAGACGUCGACUGCUUUGACCGAAAGUGCGGAAUCCCCCCUAUACCACGAACAAGUACAGAAGACGAAGAGAAGACAGAGGACGACCUGGAGUCAGAGGUCAAGAGAGCCAAAAACGAUGAUCAUACACUCGGCAGCCCCCCAGUCGCUCACUCCAUCGGGGAGAGGAAACGAUUGGCGUACGGUCUGGGGCGGCAUCAUCGCAAAGGCUCCCAAGGUCAAUCCCGCAAACGGAAGAAACACAUGGACACUCCCGCCUUCUGUUGGCCUUUGUCUCUUGUCGAGACCUCCGUCCUUCGACCAGGCGCAUCCGGUCUUCGCGAUUUAGGCUACGACAUUACCAUUCUUGUUGAUAUGUUCUACUCUGCAAAGGUUUCCACAUGCCCGGACUUCGUAGAAGAAGGUGCGAACGCGGUGCAUCUCUAAUCCAGUAGAGCUCGACCCAAAACAGAAGGAUUGACUAUUCGCUCUCUAUGGACAUUUCUAACUCGGAUGACAGGAGGCGCGUGACCGCAUAUCGUAGCUUAAUGUGAGAUUAUA